UAAAGCGCUCAUACAAGUGACUGCUGCAGAAUCACUGCCUAGCACCAAAAUAGAAAGCAGAGGCUCAGCAUGUGACUGUGUUUUACCUUCCCAAAGCAACUGCCCUUAGUAACAAACAGCAGCUGCAGAUAAAAAUAGAAGGUGAUACGCAGCUAGGAUCUUUAGUUAAAUCCAGAAGUCUGCCUCCAUGACAGCAAGGAGUCCAAAGCAACAAUGAAGUCGCUCCGAUUCAUUAGUGCUGAAGCGUUCGUGUCAAACGCAGAGCUUGCUAGGAGGAGUCUCGGCAGUGUUGCCCAUAAUCUUUUUCCUCUUCUUUUCAAAGCCAGCUAUUUACUGGAGCAAGGGGAAGUGAUUCAUGACUUGGUAGAGAACUGGCCACUUGUUGACUUUAACAUGGGAAAACUUUUGGGAAAAACCGUUGACUACCAGGAAGACCUGAGCCAUAGAACGUGCUCGGUGUGCAUGGAAAGCUGUCUGACAGGCCUUAGAGACUAUGUGCUGAAUCAUCCUUCUCCCUAUAUGAAACGGUUGAAAGUGGUGGACCUGACGGGUAUAAAAGAUGUUGAAGUUCAGUUCUGUGAGUGCAAGAAGCCAAUGGGCAGGUGGGCCAGGACACAGCUGCUUGCUAAGCUCUGUUUAGAACUGCUGGUCCACCUGCAACCAAUGCAGUGUAAUGCGAGCGUCUCGGAAAUCAGUAUUGAUGUGCUAAUUGACUUGUUUGUUACAGAGCGGAACUAUGAGCUGGUAGUGCAGGCCCUACUAAGGAAGUGCUCUUGUCCACUGAAGAUCCACUGUGUGGCCUUCAGAGCUGACAACCUGGCUUUGCAGAAGUUUUUCUAUGUCAUCAAGCUCACAGAUCCCUCUUUGCUGCGCAAGCUGGAAGUGGUUCACAAUGUUCGCUUGGAAAUGGAGCACUUGGAAAUACUCUUCAACAGUAUCCGCUUCCCUCUGCUGAUGUCCUUGACCUUGCCAGCACGAACAUUCAAUGUGCGAAGGCUCACAGCUGCAGAUGAACUGAUGCUUACUGCCAUUGGAGAAAAGAUGAGUGAAAUGACACAACUGACCGAAUUGAGUAUGGCAUUUUCCAUACUCACUGGAAGAAUACGGAAACUGCUCAGUCCACUGAAAACCCCACUGAAGGUGCUGGAUGUUUCUAACUGCUCACUGAAUCAUGCUGAUAUGGCCUAUUUAGCUAACAGCCUCCAUUCGAAUCACUUAGAAGUCCUGGACCUGAGUGGGCACAAUAUUCCUGACCUUUACCCAUCGACGUUCUUCAAGCUUCUCAGCCAUUCCUCUUCAGUGCUCAGGAGUCUCACCUUGGAGGAGUGUAACAUCCAAGACACUCAUGUCAACAUGUUGAUUUUAGCCUUAAGUCCUUGUCAGAAACUGCAGGAGUUUAAAUUUCUUGGAAACCCCCUGUCAUCCGAAGCACUUAAACACCUUUUCCUGUUUUUCUGUGAGCUGCCAAUGCUGAAGAAUGUGGAGUUCCCAGUUCCAAGGGACUGCUAUCCUGUUGGCAUCACCUACCCAAUUGACGAUGCCAAUCUCUGCAGUUUUGAUCACCAGAAAUAUGAAAGUGUAGCAGAGGAGCUUAAACUCAUCUUACUACAAGCAAACAGGGAGGGCGUGAAGGCUUCAACUCCACUCUUUGGCAGUUACGACGCAGCUGUUGAGGAGACAAACAACGAACUGGGCGCUUACUUGAUGAAGUCCUUCAAAGAGACUUUAGAAAAGUUCACUAACUCUCUUAAAGAAAUGAGUUGAAGCAUAGUGGUGAUAAGAUGACCUGCUAAAUCAGAACCUAAUUUAGUCUUUAAGAAAACUCUACCUGCAUUGAUCAGUUUAGUUUAGUCUUUAAUUUCUGGGCUCAAUUAACUUCUAUUUGAAUAGCCUCAGAUUAUCAUCUGAGGUAUUUUAACUAUACUGUCUCUGUUGCAUACCACUUACAUAAGCAUGACUUGGUCUCAAAAGAGAAGAGGGUUUUUAAUAGCUUAUUAUUUUACACAAAAGCACUUUUUCCCCCCCUCCCCUCAGUAAAACAAGAUGGGGCCGAGCUUGGCUGAUUUGUUUUCCUGCAGUUUCCUCUGAAUCUGGCCGUAAGGCUUGCAGCCCUGCAGGAUGUACAAAAGACUGUGGCCCUCUUCAGCCGUGACGUCGUACACUGAUUUUUGUUGCUUCACCCUUCUACAGUCUGAUACGUUCCCAAUAGUGGGUGAUUUCUCACAGCCUCCAUGUCCCUUUACCUCUCUUUCUUCUGCAGAGAUGAGCAUGAUAAGCCUAUUUUUGCAUGGGGAAUUACAGAGUUUGUCUAAUGCAUUGCAGUGACAAGGCAUAAAGCAAACCAAACAGUUGGCUGACAGAAGGGGGAGGGACACACACAGCUAAUUUCAAAAUUGUAGAGAAGGAGGAGGCUGGUUGUGCAAUGAUUAGUAGUUCAGCUGCAUAAAAUGCUGCCCUUCGUCUAGCAGGACUGAAUAUUGUCGUGCUACAGAAUUGCAACCAGUGCCAGGAGGAAUCACGUUUAUUUGGCAGGCCCCAGAUGAGUGAAAAUAGCAGUUAGAGCCCCAGAUUCCCACACACUGUGCUGUAGGGUGUGCAAGGUGGCCAAUGGGGCCACGAAACAAAUCCAGCGGGACACCUGAGGGGGGACCAUUGUGAGGGAAAAGAGGAGACUCCGUGGGUGGUGGCAGCUGUUGUAGUGGUUUCUACUCGGCUGCUCCCUUGUUCACACUGAGGAAAUGCCAAGACAAGUAUGUUAGCAAAUCUUAGCUAUCACCACCUGAUUUAACAGCUGACAGCCUGUCAACCCUACCAGAGCCCAAAUUGCUCUGAAACACAACUAGAUUCUUGGUUAGCUUCUAAGAGAGCCCCCAAAAAAAGAGCGUAGGAUG